GCGCGCGCCGAAGCAGAACCCGGAUGUUCGGGUGGUCAGCUGUUAAUCAAUAAUGACAAAUAAUGAAGAAAAACUCAGCAUGGAGCAAAAUCCUGAUGAUCGCUUGCCGUGCAAUAGUUGUCAGCUGCUGGAUUUGCCCUGGGAGGAUGUUUUAGUUACACACGUCUUCUGCUACCUGCCGCUGCGUCACCUGGUCAGCCUGCAGCACGUCAGCAAGAGUUUUCGCUCUCUCGUUCAGGUGUACCUGGCCAACUGCCGCACAUUCGACCCUGCACAGACCGGACCUCACAUUCCCAAAGAAGCGUUCUGCUCCAUGCUUCACAACAAUCAAGUUCUCCAUCACCUCUGCAUCCACAACUGCUCUGAUUGGAUCACAGACAAAGAGCUGUUGCCCGUGAUUGGUCAGAACCAGCACCUGCUGCGCGUGGACUUGCGGGGCUGCGUGCACUUGAGCCGUCACGCUCUGGUAGCCGUGUCUCUCAGCUGUCUUCGUCUGCAGCACCUGAAUCUUGCUCACUGCGAGUGGGUGGACGUCUUGGCGCUCCGGAGCCUGGCGGAUCACUGCUCGGACCUACGCUCGCUGGACCUGACCGCCUGCAGACAGCUGAAGGACGACGCCGUGUGUUACGUGGCCGGGAAGUGCCCGGCGCUUCGUUCGCUCUCGGUGGCCGUUAAUGCGAAUAUAACAGACACAGCGGUGGAGGAAGUGGCCAAACGCUGCAGAGAUCUGGAGACGCUGGACCUCACUGGCUGCUUACGAGUACGAAAUGAAGCUAUCAGGACGCUGGCAGAGUACUGUCCCAAACUGAAAUGUCUUAAAGUCAACCACUGUCACAACGUAACAGAGUCCAGUCUCGGUGUCCUGCGCCGACGUAAUGUGGAUAUUGAUGUGGAACCUCCGCUGCAGAGAGCGCUAGUGCUGCUGCAAGAUGUCGUGGGAUUCGCUCCGUUUAUUAACCUGCAGAUUUAACAGGAGAAUUGUCUCUGGAAUACCGACACGCACAUUUUUACACCGAUGCAAUUUCACUGGACAUGAAAUCGACAGUAAAUCCACAAGCGCUUGUGUGAUUUGGCGUAUUUUAGCAUUCAGGCUGUAUUAGAUCUGCUCCCCAACUUUAUUUUUGAAAUACUCCAGGAAUACGGAGGAACGUUUGGGAAAUCCAUCUUAUUUAUUGAUGCAGCUUUCCUUGUUUUCAUGCAGAUACCAAAUGCUGUAUAAUUUUGCACUCAUGAAAUACUGAAAUACUUGCACUUUUUCAAUACAUCUUUUGGACUAACAGCAUCCCCCAGCAUUAUUAAACCACAGGAUUUCCUUUCUGUUUAAUAUCACUUAUGAAAAAAACAGAUAGCGGAUCUUUCAAGAAUGAAUCCUGGAACAAUCGAGUUAUGUUUUACAGAAUGCACACUGUGUUGUUUUUAGUUCCAUUCAUUUAGUAAUGGAAAAUAAUGUGCUAGCAUUACGUUAAAGAAUUACAUUUCCAAAACAAUUCGGACUUUUAUUACAUUUGAAUGAUAGUCUCGAAUGGAAAACAAUUAAGUGAACUUCAGUUUGAUAUUUCAGACUACUAAAAUUCACUCUUGUGUUUAUGUGGAAAAUACAGUAUAACAUUGUUUUAUUACACAUGAGAAUGCAAUUUGUCAGACCAUUUUCAUGUUUAAAUAAGACAAAUUGUACUUUGUAUAUUUGAUCCACUAACACACACAGAAAUGUUAACUGUCAAACUAGAUUUUUUUCUGCUGGUUUUGCUCCACAUGUCGUUUUGGUUAUAUUUCAUAAAGAUCAAAAAUGAACAUAAUUCUUCAUAAACUGAGGUGAGUUCAGUUUAAAGGUUUAUAAGUGUGCUUAUUUCAAAUGCUGGGGGUCUAUUUAGGACCACUAUACUAUACAAUGUUGCUUUAUUCUGAGUAUUUCAAUAAGACAGCAGGGCAGUUGUUUUGUUUUCAUUUGUAUUUUUUAUUUUGGGUAAAAAAAUGUAUCACGUUUUACAGUAUCACAAGUGAUGUUUGCACAUGGGCUUUGCUUUAAUGUUUAUUGCUUUUGUAUAAUUGUGAAAGCACUUGUUGCAAACGGGCGAUUGUAAAUUAUUAAGUGAAAAUUAAUGCAAAGUGCUGAGAAAGUAUAAAGUGGUAUGUAA